AAAGGAACAGUCAUCGGAUUGAAACAAUGCCACAACAUUAUUUAACAUUAGGUCUCUUCUUUUACACAUUUUUGUUUAUAUGUGAAAUACGUCCAGUUUGUAAAGCUUCAUGUGCUUCUAAACAAGAUGAAGAAUUUUCAUUUUGGUUGAACAAUUGCCCAGAACCACAGUGGCAUGCUGACCAUCCAUUGCCCAUACCUAAAUGGGGUAUCUCAAAGCCAGUCUUUACAGUUUACUCCUUAGAAGAAUAUGAAGAACUAGUUAAAAAAAUCCAAAUGGAAUUACAAUUAUUGUUAAAAUCGAAAAAAUAUGACUCAGUAACAAAUUUUAUUCGGUUUUAUAAUUACUAUAAAAGUGAAACGGAUCAGUCAUUUGAACAAUUUUUCAGAGGAUAUGAACCAAAAUUAAACAAAGAAGCAAAUAAUUGUGUUGGACUUUCAUUAUUGUUAAUUGGGAAAUUAGCACAACUUGAUGAAUUUUUUCCCGAAAUUUCUAAAUGUUUAUACAUAGUGUCAUGCGAUAGAUUUUUGAAUAAUGUCAAUAAAUGCACUACUGAUAAACCAAAUCCGUGGAUAACAUUUAAAGAUCAUAUCUUGAUUGCUUUACAAAUUGAAAUAAUCGGACGAAAAGGAGUCUUGAUAUUGGAUCCAGGUUUUUUAAAUAAUAAAGUUAUAACUGUUAUGGACGAUAAAUUGAGUCCACAUACAGGUUAUUUUCCUGCACCAAAAGACCCAGAAGAAAAAAUUAUUUUAGAAAUGGUUUCUGGCAGGAAAUAUGUUGAGUAUUUAUCUUAUUUCGAAGGUAAAAUACAUGAACAUAACUUAAUUUAUAUAGAGGCUCCUUAUCUUUCACCAAUUAGUGUAACUGAACGUAGCAGCUUGGUUAGCAAUUAUAGAAAUUUGGUCACGCUCAAUGAGAAUGGUCAACUUUUGGCUUCAUUUUAUGUAGAUAUCAAUGAAGCAAUUUUCAGUUUUUCUUAUUAUAAUUAUAAUAGUCCUGAAGUUAAACACGAGAUCAAAGUGUCGUAUGAAACUUUCAUUUCGAAUGAAGAAAUAAGCGAAAAUGUUGAACAAUAUUUGCGUCGACUUAGCAAAUACUUUAAUCUAAGAAAGAAAGAAUUUAUAACUAUUUUAAGAACACUUUCUAAUAUUUUGAAAGACGAACAGUUUUUAAAAUAUAGAGAAAUAACUAACAAUAACAUUAACAAUAUUCCAUACAGGAAUUAAAUUAAAAAUUUAAAUCGUCUAUUAGUAUGAAUUUUUUUUUUAACUUUUUUUAUACAAAAUAAUUGAUUAAUUAUGUCUCACAUAACACAUUUAAAAGUAUAAAAACAUUAUAAUUUUUUCUUUUCAGAAGUUAAUAGUAUAUUAUGUUUUUAUAGUUUUCAUUAAAAAAUUGGUCCUACUCCCCUCUUUCCUCAUUUUUAAAGAUGAAAGAGGGGAGUAGUAUCAGAUGAGUUUUUUGAAUUGAACUAUAUAUGUUUGAUAAGCAUAAAAAUAAUAAAUUGAUUGAAUUAAGAAAAUGACUGGUCGAUAACAACUUUUGAACCGUUAUUUUAAAAGCACUUUUAUAACACAGUGGGGAGAGUAAUGUGGUUUAAAAAAGCUAAAAAAAAAAAAUAAACAGAACCUUAUUUCACCUCUUGUCAUUUGUUGCACUUUGGCUUCGCCUGACGUAGUCACCAAACCACACACAAAAGAAACAAACUUUUCUCUUAAAUGUUAACCACGUUUUUUUGGCUCUCCUCAAAUAAACUUGUCAGAAUACGCCGUUCAGCCCAAUGCUCUCAAAUUAGUGAGCCACUAAAAGGGUAGCCUAUAUACUCGUCAGCACAGUUAUCUCGAAAGUACAGACUGAGGGGUGCUACCCUUUGAUAGGCACCAGCACAUCUACCUUUUCACUCUACUAACUAAAAAAGAC